UGGUAGUGGCUGCAUCUAGGAUCGCGCUUCCACGAGCUUGUGCGUGACAACGCCACUGUCACCACACGCAUGUAGUAGAUACCUCCAGCAUGUCUUGUACUACCGACGAUCGAUUUUGGGCUUGCGCAAGAUUGAUCUCGAAGCAUCCAGAUGGGGGGUUUUCUUCGAUCGUCAUUUGGCUCCUUGUGUUGCGAAGUUCCACCGGGCUCAACAUCAAACACGUUGGUGGCGCUAGGGCUGUGGUACGGCAGCAUUAGGGCAUUGACAGCCGGGUGCCGGAGUUGCACAAGGACAUAUUGCGCAGCGUCUCUUUGGGGACGUUGGAAAUGAUGUCGCCGCCACGUGUCGGCUACGGUAUUGCUGCCCAAUGAUGCGCGUGACGAUGGCACUCUGCUCCUAUCGGAAUGCCGCGAGCAUUGAACUCAUAUACGACGGCGGACCGUUGUCUGGGUACCGACUCGGCGGAAACGCUCCGAUAUGCACCAUCCACAGUCCACUCCAGGUACCCAUACCGCCACCCAUGCCCAUGCUCCUGCUCCUGCGCGGAUGGCGACUGCCCCUACCAUGCUGGAUGUCAUGCUGAAACACCAGAUCUUCGGACGUGGUAUCUAUUCAGGAAGUUGCACUGCUGCCAUGGAGCCUGGCAAGAUGCAAGAAUUCCCGAGGACGCUUCUUGCUUGUGCCACAGUCGCCGCCCAGGCUCGUUCGCGGGUGCGAGUGCGUGUGCGGCGGACCCGCUGCCCUGUUUGACAUGGAAGCAUGUACCAGGUCGGCUACGCACUCGGGAUGUGGGAGCGCAGUCGUAUCCGGGCAUCCAGCGCAAACCCAUGGUACAUGUCAACGACCAAUGUCCCGCCAAGACAACCAAGAGCAGGGUGAUUGUGGUUGUUGUGGUUGUACAAGAUCAUGAAUCAUGGUAGCAGCACAAGUGACUGGGAAGCUUCCGCGUUCUGUCUUCGUCCACUUCAUCCGUCCGCAGCACCAUUCUUCCUGUCAGGCCAUCAUCACAGAAGGAGGAAUCUAAUUGCACUGUUUCUGCCCCAACGCAUACAUUCGCACCAGCAGUUGGUACUACAAUCCUCUCCAUCGUCCAUGGGCAUAUCCGGUGGGGUCCAUGGUUUCGAAGCGAUCGUGCGGAAAGAAGUACCUAUGGCCAGUCUGCGACAACUGCGAGAUCAGCUUCGGGCACUUACUUCUAUUGUGCGGGAGCGUCCUUCACCAGACCCUCUGUUGUCGUCCAAACAGAGCAGCACGGAAGAAUUCCGAGUCUGCUCGUAAGAUGGUUUCGUGAACGGAGUAAUCCUUGAUCGAUCUUGAAGACCAAUACGAAGCGUGACAACGUCUAGUCGUCUACGAGUUUGGGAACUACAGCACAUGGGAAGCCUGACCAGCCACUCCAUAGUGGACACACGUCGCGCCUGGCCAUGUACCAUCCACCAACGUCUAUAUAUCACUACACAGUAUCCAGUACCUAAACGCC